AUGGAGGGAGAGGAAAGCACUGACUCAGGAUAUCUGCAGCAUAGAGAAACAGUUCCCAAAGAUGACAGUGCACCUAUUGAGAAUGAACCAGGACAGAUUUCUCAAGACAUUGUAUCUACAGAGCCAGACACUAGCGACCACUUAGUAGCAGAUGACAAUGCCCACCCUACAGCAGACGACAAAGUCUAUCCAACAGCAGAAGGCAAUGUCCAGUCAGCAGCAGAAAGCAAUGUCCAGUCAGCAGCAGAAGAGACAGAUGGUGACACACUAAAGGACUCUCCAAGGAAAGAUGCUAGUGCAACAGAGGAAUUCAGUGUUUCACUAGAUGAAACUUCCAAAUCAAGAAAGAAAAGCAAAAAGAAGGAAGAAGACCAAGUAACACCAAAAACUGAAGAUGUAGAAAUGCAGAAUGAAGAACCUUUGAUAAUAGCUCCAAUAGACAUGGAGAAGAGGAGGGAAGAGGAGCAGAAGAUCAAGAUGAACUGGACCCAGCAGUUAUCUUUCCACAAUAAGGUGUCUCCUGCGGACGAUCCCGACACAGAACGAUACAAUAUGCCAGAAUACCAUCCAGAGAAAACUUUAGACUUGGACAAAUUUGGAGCCACAGUCCCUGUGAAUGGGGCAAGCAGUUAUAAUCCUGCAGACCUUGGACAUAGAAAAACCGAAACAGUCAUUGGAGCUGACCCAGAUGGGAAUAGUGGGAACAUUGGAUGUUGUGGAAGUAUUCUGAUGAUUCUGUCUUUCUUUUUGGUUAUAGUGACCUUUCCAUUUUCAUUAUUUUUCUGCAUUAAGGUUGUACAAGAAUAUGAAAGAGCUGUGAUAUUCCGCUUAGGAAGGCUUUUAUCUGGCGGAUCAAAAGGACCAGGUAUAUUUUUUGUGUUGCCAUGUAUAGAGGGUUACACUAAGGUGGAUCUCCGGACCGUCUCAUUUGAUGUCCCUCCACAAGAGAUUCUGACAAAUGACAGUGUGACAGUAUCUGUAGAUGCAGUGGUGUACUAUCGAGUGUGUAAUCCCACCAUUUCUGUGGCCAAUGUAGAAAAUGCCCACCAUGCCACGCGACUUCUGGCUCAGACCACACUCCGAAACAUUCUGGGGACCAAGAGCAUGUCAGAAAUCCUAACUGAUAGGGAGGCAAUCAGCAAAGCUAUGCAGUGCAUGUUGGAUGAAGCUACUGUUGAUUGGGGCAUUAAGGUCGAGAGGGUAGAAAUCAAAGAUGUCAGACUUCCCAAACAAUUACAGAAAGCCAUGGCUGCAGAGGCAGAAGCAUCAAGGGAGGCUAGAGCAAAGGUGCUUGCAGCAGAAGGGGAGCAUAAUGCUUCCAAAGCUCUGAAGGAAGCAGCAGAUAUAAUUAACACUUCUCCUGCUGCACUCCAACUGCGCUACCUACAGACUCUCAAUACGAUAGCCUACGAGAAGAAUUCUACCAUUAUCUUCCCUCUUCCUGUUGAUAUAUUGUCCUCUUUUAUGAAGUGAUUAGAAGCACUCUCCAUUCUGACUGACAAGCAAAUAACUUUAUACUUUUUUUAAAUAUUAAUGUGUAGUCACAUUUUUCUUCCUUGGAAUUUAGCAUAAUAUUGAUUCAAUGCAAAAAUAAACACUUGUUUUAACAUUAUAAUUAUGAUACUUGUGGGAUUUACUGUGUUUUUGUUUUCAAAAAUUAUUGUUAAAUGUUACCAGUAUUUGAAUUUUAGAGUUCCUGUGAUGCACAUCUAUUAAUUAAAAGAAUAUUAUUUUAAUGAUCUCUGAGCAAGUGGGCAUUAUUAAUUAUUUCUUAUUUAUAUCUGUACAUAAAUUAUGUAUUUUUUAUUGGAGGAUGAAGAUGGACUUCAUUUUGACCUUAAAGAAAUCAUGUUGUGUACUUUUUAUCUGCAAAAGGAACAAAAUGAAACAAAACAAAAACAAACAAGCAAUGGACAUUGUAAAUCAUAUAUACAUUCUUGAUAAUUAUAAUCACCAGUAUUUUUCAUAUUUGUUCAAACUGGACAAUAGUUUGUGUAAAGAGGACUGUGUAAAUAUUUUUAAACAUAAAAUGCAAGGAAUUCUCUCACCAGAUCAGAUCUAGCUGCUGUUUUGUACUAAUAGGAAUGAGGUAAAUGUAAGGGAAAUAAAUCUACCCAGUACUAAUAUUUUCAAAUGACGGAAGUACAUAGAAAAACAAUUCAUUUCAUUAUCAAAUUAAUUUUUUAUACUUAUAGAUAUAAAAUCAUAAAUUCAUGAUAGUGAAGGAAAUAUGAUUACAUGUAUUUAUUUAUAAAAAUGAUAUUGUUUGAAGGCAAUGGCCAAGAAGGCAAAUUUUUCUUGAGUGAAUAAUUUAACGGUAACUGGUACUGCUGGUUUGCAAGGCAAAUUGAUAACGUUUUGCAAAGUUUUUGUUGGCAGAUAAUUAAAUGUCAUCUAUUUAACAAUGCCUAUUAUGCUAUAUUUCACCAAACUAUAUUGAUUUGCCCUGCAAGAGAGCAGCACUGCAGUUUUCAUGAAACAAAAUGUUCUGCAUAUGUCCUGAAAAAUUUGCAGUCAAUUAUUUAUCAUUAUAGACUCAAUUAAGUUAACGAUCAUUAUAUAAAUUUUUAUUUCUUUCUGUCUUUGAUUUUCUAAAGUUUCUUUUUUGUGUGUAUCUUAUGUAGCCACUUGCAUAACAAAAGGCUCAUGGAACACAACUCUUCUUUCAUUUAUGUUUUACUUCCCAAAAUAUUUAUAAAAUGUGAGGUGUACUUACAAAAUAAUCUGACUUCUUAAAAAUAAAUAACUUAGUAUGAAGUUUUACUCUAUGAUAAAGGGUAUAGAAGUUCAUAUAAUCAUACUUCUCUCCUAUUACCAGGUAAUACACUAGGACUAAUAGUGGAAUCUAUACAAUUUUUUUUUAAAAAUUAAUUUCUUGCAUACUUUAAGUCCUUCCAUGUUUUUUUUUUGGUGAUGCAUUUACAUUUUAAUAAUUGU